AUGGUUCCUGUUUGGAUCUCAUUUCCGAACUUUAAAGCUCACCUUUAUGAAAAAUUUGCCUUAAUGUUCAUUGCUAAAACAGUUGGAAAACUGCUCUUCAUCGAUGAGGCUACGACGAAUGGUUCUCGAUCGAGUCAAGCUCGAGUGCGCGCUGAAUACGAUUGUGGAAAGGCCCCGGUUGAUGAGGUAUGGAUCGUGGUGAAAGAUAGGACAACCAAGGCUGUCAAAAGUGGCUAUAGUCAAAGAGUUGAGUUUUCCAAGAUGCCAGACUACUGUGAUCACUGCUGCCAUGUAGGGCAUUCCAUCUGGGCAUGUUUGGUGUUGGGCAAUAGAUCUGAUAAAAGGAGAUCUGGAGAGCUAAAGCCUUCUAGGGUAUCUAAACAACCGGACUGUACAUAUGCACAUCGGAUCCUAAAACCAAACGAGGAAAGAAUUAUUGAGAAGCGAGGAAGGAUGGAUUGGAGCGAACAUAUUGAAAACAGAAAAAAUCUGGGCCACGAGGAACCAGAGAAACAGAGUCUCCAUUGGCAGAUGGUGCGAAAAUCGACCAAGAGUGGUGCAAAAAAUUCUCAAGGCGUAGAAAUUGAGUAA